AUGGAGUCACCUAGGUACCCACAGCCAAGACACCCACUGGAAAUGUGCUCACACUUUGAUGCAGAUGAGAUAAAACGAUUGGGAAAGAGGUUUAAAAAGCUUGAUUUAGAUAACUCUGGUUCUUUGAGUGUGGAGGAGUUCAUGUCUUUGCCUGAGUUGCAACAGAAUCCACUGGUACAGCGAGUAAUAGAUAUAUUUGAUACGGAUGGAAAUGGAGAAGUAGACUUCAAAGAAUUUAUAGAAGGAGUCUCCCAAUUCAGUGUAAAAGGUGACAACGAACAGAAGUUAAGGUUUGCUUUUCGUAUCUAUAAUAUGGACAAAGAUGGCUAUAUCUCCAAUGGGGAGCUCUUCCAAGUUCUAUUUAUUUUUAUUUAUUUAUUUCUAUCCUGCUUUUCUCCUAUUUUUGUAAAAGCAAAAACAUAACAUACAAAAAAACCA